AACAUUGUGGCUGAAUUCACACAGCCGCAUGCACAUUUUCCAUUGAACUUCCUUCUCAGCUGUCAACGCGUUUACACACCAUUGCUCAGGGUAGUAAUACCAUCUUUUUUAUUUAAGAUAACAGUCUGGGCUUAGUCUGAGAUGGAGGGCCAGCGCUGGUUACCACUGGAAGCUAACCCAGAGGUUAUGAACCAAUUUUUACGGCAGCUGGGCAUGGUACCCACCUGGCAGUUUGGGGAUGUGUACGGUUUGGAACCUGAAGUUCUCAGUUUGGUGCCAAGGCCUGUGUGUGCUGUUCUUUUACUCUUCCCCAUUACAGAAAAGUAUGAAACAUUUAGACAGGAGGAGGAGGCAAAAAUUAAAGCACAAGGACAAGAGGUGUCCUCGGAUGUGUACUUCAUGAAACAAACCAUUGGCAAUGCUUGUGGUACGAUAGGGUUGAUUCAUGCUGUGGCAAACAAUCAAAGGCAUCUGGAAUUUGAGCCCAGUUCCCCACUAAAGGCAUUUUUACUGCAAUCUACAAAGAUGAGCCCAGAGGAAAAAGCAACUUUCCUUGAAAAAGAUGAGAGUAUCCGUGUAUCACAUGAGUCAAGUGCUCAGGAAGGACAAACAGAGGCUCCAAGUUUAGAUGAAAAAGUGGAUUUGCAUUUUAUUGCCUUUGUAAACAUUGAGGGACAUUUAUAUGAACUGGAUGGACGCAAACCUUUUCCAAUUGUUCAUGGGAAAACCACAGGGGACACAUUUCUUGAGGAUUCUGCAGAGGUCUGUAAAAAGUUCAUGGCACGUGAUCCUCAGGAGCUCCGCUUCACUGUGGUGGCUCUUUCCAAAGCAUAAAUGUCCUUGAUGUUUCACCUAAGACGAAAAACUGCCAAUCAUUCUAAAGUGCUGAAUACUUUAGAACAUAAGCAUUUAUACAGUAUAGGUUUGAUUUUGACUUUGAUAAAACAAAUGUUAAAAGUUGACAAUAACAGAUUCACAAUGUGAAAAAGAAUAUUAAAAAAUAACCAGUAUCUAAAAAGUGUUCAAAUAAAAACAAAGCUCUACAAUUUUGUACCUGAACCAUGUUGCCCCCUGUACACUUAUAUAAAGUAAAAUUAAUUUCUGAUGUUAAUGAUAUUAAUGCACCUAAUGGUGAUGCUGGCCAGAGGAGAAUACCUCUUUAAAAUAAAGGUUUAUAUACUUAUGCA